AUGUCGGUGCGCAAGGCUCACAAUGCUGGCCGAAACCACCUGAGAAACGUGGUCGAAUAUUAUCAGCAGAUUGGUCACGAAAAGGCACAGUCGGUCAUUGACUCGAUCACUUCCUCAUACGCCGCCGAAGGUCAAGCAAAUCCUAUGCUUCAACAAGCUGCGUCAGGAUUUCCUCCGCCUCUCCCUGGAUUUCCAGGAAUGCCCCCUCCACCAUUCGGACUACCCGGUGCAGCGCCGCCAGGACCUGGUGGCAUAGUACCCCCUCCAGGUGGUCGUGGCAUGCCAUUUCCACCUUUCCCGCCCAGUGGUGCCCCUCCUCCAAACCUACCAGGUGGUUUACCUUUUCCUCCACCGCCCGGCGGGUUUCCUCCAAACUUCCAAUUUCCUCCUCCAGGUGCACCGGGCGGCUUCCCGCCUCCAGCUCAGCAGGGUCAGCAAGGUCCGCCUGGAGGACCUAGUCCGGGACCUGGUAGUAGCAUGAGUCAAGGACAGGCCCCUCCUCCACCUGGUUUUAAUAUGAGUGGUCCUCCAGGAGCGAGUGACAGCAGGCGCUAA